UGGACUGAAGCAGUGGGGCAGAGAUCCUCCACAAGGAAGUCGGAGAUCGAUAGUCAGACAGAAAGUUGCUGCUGAAGAAGGUUCUGAAUCAUAAUAAUCUACACCCAUUUAUGGGCAACACAGAGACAAUCGUAAGGGCAAUUUAGAGCGUCAUGUUUCCGGACUGUGGAAGAUAGCCGGGGAACCCGGAGACAACCCACGCAUGCUCGGGAAGAACACGCGAACUCCCUGCAGAAACACUCCAGGACCAUCGUGCUGCAAGGCAACAGUCCUACCAGCUGCACGACCCUGCAGUCUGGGGCUUUUCCAAAUUCAUUGAAAUAAAUGGUGAGAUAGUUUGAUGUUGUUCCACUGAGGAACAGCCGAGGCUGAAUUUACUUCAUGUAGAGACUUGCUGCUAAACUCUAGAAUUUUCAAUUCGCCCUCAUGAGUAAAAUCAGCGUAUUUAAAAAGCUGUUAUCAGGAAACAUUGUCUCUCUGCUGCCCUGUAGUGGUUCUGGACGUCUCUAUGCUGCCCUGUAGUGGUUCUGGACGUCUCUCUGCUGCCCUGUAGUGGUUCUGGACGUCUCUCUGCUGCCCUGUAGUGGUUCUGGACGUCUCUCUGCUGCCCUGUAGUGGUUCUGGACGUCUCUCUGCUGCCCUGUAGUGGUUCUGGACGUCUCUAUGCUGCCCUGUAGUGGUUCUGGACCUCUCUCUGCAGCACUCUGUGGUGGUUCGGAACGUCUCUCUGCUGCCCUCUGUGGUGGUUCUGGACGUCUCUCUGCUGCACUCUGUGGUGGUUCGGAACGUCUCUCUGCUGCCGUCUAGUGGUGGUUCUGGACCUCUCUCUGCAGCACUCUGUGGUGGUUCGGAACGUCUCUCUGCUGCCCUCUGUGGUGGUUCUGGACGUCUCUCUGCUGCACUCUGUGGUGGUUCGGAACGUCUCUCUGCUGCCGUCUAGUGGUGGUUCUGGACCUCUCUCUGCAGCACUCUGUGGUGGUUCUGGACGUCUCUCUGCUGCCGUCUAGUGGUGGUUCUGGACCUCUCUCUGCAGCACUCUGUGGUGGUUCGGAACGUCAGAGGGAAUUUCCAGUAGAGAAGAACUCCACUCUAUUCUUGGUGUCACCUGGAGUUUUGUCUAGGUUGGACUGGAUGAAACAUUUCGGGUCUCUCUGAGCAGAGAUGGUGUUCUGGAACUGAAACCAGCCGUUUAGUGGGUCGACGGGUUCUGCGUGGGGAGGAAAUAAUGACGGACAUGCGUGAAAUGAAGUGAAGCGGAACGAACCAACUGUCACACUUCAAACUGACUUCCACCUGAGCGACCAGACCAGAUUUUAAACUGUUAGUGUACCUGGAACGUUUGUGUGAUCUCUGCAGACACGAUGGCAGCUGACGACCACUACCUUCAUGCCUCCAACCAGAUUUUUGCCAACAUGAUCAACGACUCGCCCUGGGAGUUGUCCCAGUUUGCAACAAUGCCUCAUACGACAUCUCUGCAGUCAGUGGAUGGACCGUUCCUGCAGAUUGUGGAGCAGCCCAAACAGCGCGGCUUCAGGUUCAGGUACGGCUGUGAAGGUCCAUCUCACGGCGGGCUGCCGGGAGCCUCCAGUGAGAAGAACAGGAAGACCUACCCAACCGUGAAGAUCUGUAACUACCAGGGUCAGGCUCGAGUCGUGGUCCAACUGGUGACAGCGUUGACCCCGCUGCCUCAGCUGCAUGCUCACAGUCUGGUGGGGAAGCAGUGUGAGAAAGGCAUCUGCAUCGCUGACCUGCAGUCCAAAGACUCCACCAUCAGUUUUCCCAACUUGGGCAUUCUCCAUGUGACGAAGAAGAACGUGGCGAAGACUCUGGAGGAGAGGAUGGUCGAGGCCUUUAGGAUGGGAUACAACUGUGGAGUCUCCAUCCACCCUGACAUCGACAUCCUGCAGGGAGAGGUCCGAGUCCCACGGGAACUUAACGACCACCAGCGCACCGUGAUCAGCAGCGCAGCAGCCAACCAGGCCAAAGAGAUGGACCUCAGUGUGGUCCGCCUCAUAUUCACGGCGUUCCUCCCUGACAGUGAUGGAGGUUUCUCCCGACGACUCGAGCCAGUGGUGUCUGAGCCCAUCUACGACAGCAAGGCUCCAAAUGCCUCCAACCUGAAGAUUGUAAGGAUGGAUCGGACCGCCGGAUGUGUGACGGGAGGAGAGGAGGUCUACCUGCUCUGUGACAAAGUUCAGAAAGAUGAUAUCCAGGUGCGGUUCUAUGAGGAAGAUGACUCGGGGUUGAUCUGGGAGGCUCUGGGAGAUUUCUCCCCCACAGAUGUCCACAGACAGUUCGCCAUCGUCUUCAAGACCCCAAAGUAUCGAGACCAGAAUCUGCAGAAGCCGACGUCUGUCUUUGUCCAGUUAAAGAGGAAGUCUGACAACGAGACCAGCGAGCCCAAACCCUUCACCUACCAUCCCCAGGUUAUAGAUAAGGAGGAGGUGCAGAGGAAGAGGCAGAAGACUUUGCCGAAUUUUCAGGACUUCAGUGGAGGAGGUGGAGGACUGUAUCGAGGAGGAGGUCCUACUGCCGGAGGAGGAGGACCUGGCUCAGCAGGAGGAGGAGGAUACUAUCAGGGUUUCACCUCCUACAACUACGGAGGAGGAGGAGGAGGAGGAGGAGGUGGAGGUGGAGGAGGCUUCUCCACGGCAUACUCAGCUGGUCUUGGAGGAGGCGGCAUGAAGCACGCUUUGCGGAGUGAUGCUGCAGACGACAGCGAUCCAGAUGAUGACCCAACGUCGGGGGCUGUGGUGCGAGGUUCCACCCAGCCUGGAGGACGAGAGGAGGAGGAGAGGAGUAAGGAGGGCGGGACCAGUGUGGAGCCAGGAGCAGACGAUCUGCUGAUGGAGGCGACCCGCAUGCAGCUUGAUGCUCUCUUCCGGUACUCCAUCACUGGCGAUUCAGCAUACCUGCUGGCUCCACAGCGCCCCCUCAUGAUGGCUCAGAACGAGGAUGGAGACACUGGCCUUCAUCUAGCAGUUCUGCACAGCCAGCAGGAGGCGCUGAUGAGUCUGACACAGGUGGUGUCUGCACUGGCUGGAGAGGAGGUGCUCAACAUGAGGAACCACCUGUACCAGACUCCCCUGCACCUGGCGGUCAUCACUCAGCAGAAGGAGGCAGCAGAAGUGCUGCUGCUGGCCGGCGCUGACCCGACUCUAACCGAUUGUCGUGGUAACACGGUUCUUCACCUGGCGGCGCAGCAGGAAGGAGGUGGGAUGGUGGAGCUUUUACUGCGACGCAGAGAGCUGAGGAAGCUGCUGCAGUGCAGCAACACAGCAGGUCUGUGUGCCAUACACCUGGCAGUUCUGGCCGAUAGGCUGCAGGCUCUCAGGGAGCUGCUGGCAGGUGGGGCCGACGUGGAGGCUCAGGAGCGUAGCUGUGGACGGACCGCCCUCCACCUCGCCACGGAGACCAACAACGUGUCGCUGGCCGGCUGCCUGCUGUUGGAGGGAAACGCUAAGGUGGACUGCUGCACCUUCAACGGCUCCGCCCCUCUCCACAUUGCUGCAGGGCGAGGCUCGGUCAAGCUCACAGCUCUCCUCAUGGCUGCAGGUGCCGACCCUCAGAGGGAGAACUUUGAGCCACUCUUCUUCAGGGAGGAGGAGGAGGAGGACUGUGAGGGUGACGACGAUGAAGGCUACAUCCCAGGAACAACUCCAGUCAACAUGGCUACCUCGUCUGAGGUUCUGGAUCUUCUCAACGGUCACGAGUACAAACCAAAAACCCAGCAAGCCUUCGUCCCUCCUGAGGGCGACCUGUCGGGCCUGGACGCUCAGGUGAAGCAAGCUGUGUGCAGAGCUCUGGAGACUGGAGGAUGCUGGGAGAACCUGGCUCACAGCCUCGGCCUCGGCAUCCUGAACACGGCCUUCCGACUGAGCCCAUCUCCAGCCAAAACUCUGCUGGACAGCUAUGAGGUUUCUGGUGGAACCAUCUCGGAUCUGCUGACUGCUCUCAGGUCUGCUGGGGAAUGCAAGGCACUGAGCAUCCUGAAGGAGGCACUGUGUCAGAACCAGGGGAGGAGCGGUGACCCAGCAGCUGAAGAUCUGUGCCCCCAGGUUCAGAACCUCAAGGUGGAUGCUCAGAUUGACAGCGGGGUGUGCGACAGUGGGGUGGAGCUCUCCACAGUGUAACCAUGUGAUUGGUCCAGCUGCAGGUUCAUGACUUCUCCACCUCCUCAUCAUAACUUGUCAAGGCUUAAAGUUUCUCAUCCAACUUUUUUCAAAGAACUUUUGAUCCGAUCGGACCACUGAACUCUGAUUUUUACUGACAGGAAAGAAAACCGCUGCUGCAGCGCUGCUUCCUGCUUCUAAACAGCCUCCCUGAAACUCUCACAGGCUGAGCUCAGAAAUGAAGAGCAGGAUCACCUUGGUCCUGAUGAAGCAGAGGCCCAAUGGAGCUACAAACCCUGACCUGAUCCAAACGGGUCUGAAUGUUGGAGAUCUUUCAGUGUGGAAAUGUUUCUGCUGUGGAUGAGCAAUCAUUCGGAGCAAAAUGUGAAUCUGUUGAGGACCCAAUCAGCCCUAAACAUCAGACCUGCUUUUAUUCCUCAUGGUUCACACGUCUAAUUAGGUGGAUGAUUGGAUCAGAACCAUGUGGUUAGCAGCAGCAGGAAGACUCAAAACAUGUGGAAAACAUCUGGAAUCACAGCUUCCAGGGAAAAUCAUUUAGUUUAUUUUAUGGACUAAAAAUAACCAGCUGAACAUUUUGUAACGGCACCGCUGGUCCUGUGAGAACCGGACGGUCCAGUCAUUAGGCGAGAGGCAGGGUCCAAUCUGGACAGAUCGCCGGUCCAUCACAGAACCACUCACACACUCAUACCUGGGGCAAUUUAGAGAGACCAGUUAACCCAACUGUCAUGUUUCUGGACCGUAGGAGGAAGCUGGAGAACCCGGAGAGAACCCACACCUGCACAGGUAGAACAUGCAAACUCCAUGCAGAAGGCAGCAGUGCUACCCACUGUGCCACCAUGCAGCCCAGUCUAAACUUUUAGGUUGGAGACUGGAAUAAAACUCUCCAUCCUGCAAAACUGAUCCGUCAGCUACUGAAUGACAGAGGUGGAACCAGACUGAGGAGUUCAGUGGUCGGGAUUAUUCUCCUGUUCUUCCAUCUAAAAAUGAUCUGAAUUCAUAAGAUUUAUCAUCUUCAUCUGAUCUAAGAUCACUGGUCCAGGAGUGAAAUUCAGACAUCCUUCUCCUCAGCAACACUCCUCGAUGUUCCCUGGCCAGAUGGGAUAUUUAGAGAUGUUUCCUGAUCAGAUGGAGCUCCUCAGACGGCCCCUUUCACUGUGGAGCAGCAGCAGCUCUACUCCAAGCUUCCUCCGCCAGAGGAAGAUUUUGGCUGCUUGAAUCCAGGAUCUGGUUCUUUUAAGUCCUUAGAACCUUAGGUGAGAGUUGGAACAUAGCUGGUGCAGUAAAUCCAGACCUUCAGAACCUUCUCCCUGCAGCCAAAGCCCCAAUCAGCUUAUUCGUUCUGCCAUCUCUCAGGAACAAGACACCAGGAUGAUCGAACUCCUCUGCUCGAUGAAGACCUGAAGGUAGCUGGUUCUGUGGCCUUUGUUUCAUGGUUCCUGGCACCAGAAUGUUCUGCUGAUUUUUCUGGACAUAAACCAGCUGAAUGAUCUCUGCUCUGUAGCUGUGAUUCUGGAUAUUUUGCAGCCUCCCUCCUCCUGAACGUUCAUGAAGCUGAACAUGGACCUUCUCUCCCUGCAUGUUUGGUUUCUGAACAGAUUCAGUUCAUUUUCGUUUUUGUUUUACGGACUUCAUGUUUCUCUACUCUUUGUUUCUUUAUGAGCUAAACCAGAAGAUGAGUGCCUUCCUGGAUAACGAAAACCACAAGUGAUUGUGGGAAAUGUAGUUUCUACAUAUUUAUGUCCUGCCUGCUCUGUACAGUUAUCAUCUUUAACUUGUAGUUCAUUUUUUAAAUAAAGUUUUUUUUUUAUAUUUUGAGACUGA